AUGUCGCCACGAGACAAUAUCGCCCACUCGACGCGGCGACGCCCCUCGUUAUCGUUUCGCCCACGCCCGCGCACGGCGGUGCAUCCCGCUUUCGCGCCCAAAGAUACCAAUGUCGAGCUGUGGCGGGAACCUUCCCUGGUGGAAGGUUGCCACGAACAGCAUGCGCCGGUGGUGGAAGAUAUGGACAAUUUCCCGACGGCCGUGCCCCGGCGUCGUGGGGCCAAAAGUUUUUCGAGUUUGCGCCACCCCAUGGAUGGCCUCGUUGCUCUGGGACGUCGGUUGUCCGUCUCGCUGCGGGGCAAGUCGUCCAAGCAGAAUCUGCGCGUUCCCGGAGAGGAGGAGGAUGAUGAUGAAUGCCGCCACUAUCACCUUUCAGGCCAGUCGAAUCACCGGCGUCAUAUUGCAACGGGGAGCUGGGAUGCGCGGUCACGGCACACCUGGUCCAAGGGCCACAGCAUCAAUCGGCGACCUUCCCUGAACAGUGUAUCUGCCCUGCAGAGCUUCUAUGCCCCGACUGCCUCGGUCCCGGCUCCUAUUCCAGGCCGUGGACAGGAGCCGCCAAUUCUACCGAAUGACAUCUACGCGGGUGCGGCAGCACGCGCCGCAGCGGCCGCGCAGAAUGAACGCUCUGAGAUGGCUAGGAUGGAGAUGGCCCGGAACGAGAUGGUCCGCGGUGAACGGGACAUGCCCAAGACGCCUGAAUUGAGGCUUCCGACUGACUCGGAGAGCGGCAUCGGAAUUGAUUUGCGCGACCGCUCUGAGAUCUCGGAUGUGGACUUGGCGAUCGUGCGCAUGGACCCGGUGGGCCAUCUUCCCGCUGAGAUUGUGGCUUACAUCAUGUCUCAUCUGGAUCCUACCUCGCUCAUGAAUUCGGAGUUGGUAUCGCGAUCCUGGCACCAACAGGCAUCCUCUCCCCACGUGUGGAAGCAUGUCUUCCGUGGGGCCUAUCCCCGACACCCUGUGAGAUCCACGACCUCCAAGAAGAAGCACUCCUCGGGAUUGGGGAAGUCGGUUCCCAACCAAAAUUGGAAAAAGAUGUUUUUUGUCCGGCGGGCCCUUGAACAUCGCUGGAAACAGGGUAAAGCUGCCGCAAUUUAUCUUCAUGGACACAAGGACAGUGUCUACUGCGCGCAGUUUGACGAGGACAAAAUUAUCACAGGCUCUCGUGAUCGGACAAUUCGUAUAUGGGAUGCUCACUACCCCUGGCCCUGUCUGAAGAUCAUUGGCCCGCCACCGGGUGAUUUGCCUGGUAUUGGACCGGUGAACAGCCCGGGCCAGCAGGCCACGGGCAAAUCUCCCUUCCUGACCAUCUGCCCGCCGUCGACUCCGUUGGAGGGCAUUGUCACCCCAAUGGAGCAACCAGCAGACUAUCAUAGUGCAUCGAUCCUUUGCCUGCAGUUUGACGAGGAAAUCAUGGUCACUGGAUCCUCGGACUAUACCUGUAUUGUCUGGGAUAUCAAGAAUGACUACCAGCCAAUUCGGCGCCUGGUGGGCCACCGGGCUGGCGUAUUGGAUGUUUGCUUCGACGACCGCUAUAUUGUCUCCUGCUCCAAAGACAGCACUAUCUGUGUGUGGGACCGCAAGACCGGUGCCCUUCUUAAGCAGCUUCUUGGUCACCGCGGGCCGGUGAAUGCGGUCCAGCUGCGAGGUGACCUCAUUGUGUCGGCCAGUGGGGACGGCGUGGCCAAGCUGUGGAACGUGACUUCGGGCCACUGCGUCAAGGAGUUCCUCAGCAAAGAUCGUGGCUUGGCAUGUGUUGAAUUCAGUGAUGAUGGCCGGACCAUCUUGACGGGUGGCAAUGACCGGAUUAUCUACCAAUUCGAUGCUAACACUGGUGAGAUGGUCAACGAGCUUCGUGGUCACAUCGGCUUGAUCCGAUCGCUGCAUUUGGACAGCAUGAACAAACGCAUUGUGAGCGGCAGCUAUGACAUGAGUGUCAAGGUCUUUGACACCGACCAUGGUGCAUUGUCCAUUGACCUCCCGGGGUGGACGACGAGUUGGAUGCUGAGCGUCCAGUCGGACUAUCGCCGGAUUGUGGCCACCAGCCAGGAUUCACGGGCCGUGAUCAUGGACUUUGGCUAUGGAUUGGAUGGGAUUGACCUUUUGGGAGAGUAA